GUGUGAGCGGUCCGUUCCCCUCUCCCGCUCUUCGCCCUCCAGGGCUGAGCGGAGCCGGGUGGCGUCAAAGGCAUAGCUCCAAGGUGCACCUCAGCCUCAGGGGCUCGGCCUCCAGCGCGGAGCAAUGCCGGGCGCGGCGACAGCUCUGUGAGGCCGAAGCCGCGGCGCUGGGCGGCGGCAGUACCAGGCUGGGUCUGCUCAUGGUGCCGCCACGACGCCAUCGUGGGGCAGGAAGGCCAGGUGUACUGAGUUCUUCACCUCCUUUUAGACUGAGAUCUGCCACGUUUUCAGGUACUUUUGAAGACAUCAGAAAAGCCCUUAAAAUCAGACUGCAAAUGGUGUGUGUAUUUAUCAUGAAGCGGAUGAAUUCUCAGAGCAGUGGUUUCACUCAGCGCAGGCGAAUGGCUCUUGGGAUUGUUAUUCUCUUACUUGUUGAUGUGAUAUGGGUGGCUUCCUCUGAACUUACUUCGUAUGUUUUUACCCAGUACAACAAACCAUUCUUCAGUACCUUUGCAAAAACGUCUAUGUUUGUUCUAUACCUCUUGGGCUUUGUUAUUUGGAAGCCUUGGAGACAACAGUGUACAAGAGGAUUUCGAGGAAAACAUGCUGCUUUUUUUACAGAUGCUGAAGGUUAUUUUGCUCCUUGCACAACAGAUACAACUAUGAAUAGUUGUUUGAGUGAACCUCUGUAUGUUCCUGUGAAAUUUCAUGAUCUUCCAAGUGAAAAGCCUGACAGCACAAAUACUGAUUCUGAAAAAACUCCUAAAAAGUCUCGUGUAAGGUUCAGUAAUAUUAUGGAAAUUCGACAGCUCCCAUCAAGCCAUGCAUUGGAAGCUAAGUUGUCACGCAUGUCAUAUCCUGCAGUGAAAGAACAAGAGUCCAUACUAAAAACUGUGGGGAAACUUAAUGCAACUCAAGUAGCAAAAAUAAGCUUUUUUUUUUGCUUUGUGUGGUUUUUGGCAAAUUUGUCAUAUCAAGAAGCACUUUCAGAUACACAAGUUGCUAUUGUUAAUAUUUUGUCUUCAACUUCUGGACUUUUUACCUUAAUUCUUGCUGCAGUGUUUCCAAGUAACAGUGGAGAUAGAUUUACCCUUUCUAAACUGUUAGCUGUAAUUUUAAGCAUUGGAGGUGUUGUGCUGGUAAACCUGUCAGGAUCUGAAAAAUCUGCUGGAAGAAAUACAAUAGGUUCCAUUUGGUCUCUUGUGGGAGCCAUGCUGUAUGCUGUCUAUAUUGUUAUGAUCAAGAGAAAAGUAGACAGAGAAGAUAAGUUGGACAUUCCAAUGUUCUUUGGUUUUGUAGGUCUGUUUAAUCUGCUGCUCUUAUGGCCAGGUUUCUUUUUGCUUCAUUAUACUGGAUUUGAGGACUUUGAGUUUCCCAACAAAGUAGUAUUAAUGUGCAUUAUCAUUAAUGGCCUCAUUGGAACAGUUCUCUCCGAGUUCCUGUGGUUGUGGGGCUGCUUUCUUACCUCAUCAUUGAUAGGCACACUUGCACUAAGCCUCACAAUACCUCUGUCCAUAAUAGCUGACAUGUGUAUGCAAAAGGUGCAGUUUUCUUGGUUAUUUUUUGCAGGUGCUGUCCCUGUAUUUUUUUCAUUUUUUAUUGUAACUCUGCUAUGUCAUUAUAAUAAUUGGGAUCCUGUGAUGGUGGGAAUCAGAAGAAUUUUUGCAUUUAUAUGCAGAAAACAUCGAAUUCAGAGAGUUCCAGAAGACAACGAACAAUGCGAGAGUCUCAUUUCUAUGCACAGUGUUUCUCAGGAUGAUGGAGCAAGUUAGCUAUUGCCUAUCACCCAGCUUGAUAAUGGAACUUUAUGAGCGGAGAGACAAUCUCUGGGAAGUUUCUGUAGAAAAAUGUUUCAGUGCCUAGUCUGAAAAUUAACGGUUUCAGUUCUUUGAAACUCUGAAGUAUAUUUUGCUCCUAUCUGUUUUCUUCAUUUUCAUACUGAAAUACUUUACUGUGUAGCUGUCAGUGUAUCACUACAGUGAUAGGGCGUUCCAGGCCACAGUCCGUCUAAAGGACCAACCUGCCUUAGACAUCUCAAGGAAUUCAGCAGAGGAGAUCGUUUGAACUAAUCAACGUUCUAGAGAUUUUAUUUUCCCAUAUUUGUUAAAUGCUGGACUAUAUAAUAAAAAUGGUGUCAGGAAAUCAUUUGUGUAUAUAGAUCAGUGUUUCUUGCAGGCAGAGUGCUAAAAUAAGCUGCCUGUAAUAGGUACAGAGUACAUUUCUAAGUUUUGUAAAAUAUUGCAAAUUAAGAAUGCAAAAAAGAAUGUUUAAUUUAUGCAACAGGUAAUGUUCAUGUGAAUUUGAUGGAGCUUUAAAAAGAAUAAAUAUUUGAGAAAAGAUCUUGGUUUGCCUACAUCACAUAUAUGUUGUAUUAUCCUUUUAUAGCAUUAGGUGCCUUGUAUUUUGAAUCUGUGACAAUGAAAAAUUUUUAUAUACAAAGUGUUAUUGUAAAAUGAGGAAUUAUGUAUUAUUAAAGGCUGUACUGCUAUAAAUUUGAUUGAUAAAGCUCACCUUAGAUUUCUGAGGAAAUACUCUCAAUUGAAAAUUUUUCAUAAUGGAAUGAUUUAAACUGAAAUGAAAAUGAUAAAAGAGUUUAUUAAAAUAUUUUUGAAAGUUUUUAUUUUUUUGUGUGUGUGUAUUACAGCGGUAUCUUCUCCUGUUUGGGGGAGGAGGGUUGUUUCACAUAUAAAUGUGCCAAAUUAGAUCUGGAAUCUUAUUUAAAUAAUUUUAAUUUUUUCUGAAAUUAAUUUGUAAUGUGUAAAAUACUAAAGUAGGAAGGCAAGAAGGAAUUCUACUUAAAAUAUUGCAUUUGCAUUUUUCUUCUGUCAAGAUUAAAUUAAACAUUGCUUCUAA